CCCACCUCUCCGUAGCCCUCAUGAAAGUAUAAAGGCCCCUGCAGUUUUUUCACUGCAGAGAAAGAGGCAACAUCGUGGAGGAAGCUUAAGGAGCUCAGGCGUCCAGCCACCCGCCCCCAAGAUCACGGUUUUUCCCAAGGACACAUACUUAGGAGGCCCAAGGUCCUGGAAGCGCUAGUCUUUAUUUCUUUACCUUCAGCUCUCCUUUCUCAAGAAUCUUCUGUUCCUUGCCUUCUAAGGUCUUGGCAUAUUGGGGAUCCAGGCAUCUUGCUUUCCUGCCACAAAGCGGCAGAUGAAGAUGCAGAAAGGAAGCGCCAUCCUUACAUAUUGGUUACUUGUGCACCUCCUGCUUUUAGAAGCUGUAACUUCCAGCGGGUCUGCCAACAUGGGAGCCAGUGCACCCUCCAUUGCCUCUGGCACAUCCAGCUCCCCUGGAACCAGCCCGACUUCUAGCAGGACCAUCACAACAACUAAUGCUGGGUCCAGCACUACCCUUGGUGGGACCAGCACUGAGUCCACUACAAGCCCCAGUGGGACCAGCACGGCCACCAGCUCUGGGUCCAGCACAGUCCCUGGUGGGACCAGCAUAGCCACCAGCACUGAAUCUACCAUAAACCCCAGUGGGGCCAGCACGGCCACCAGCUCUGGGUCCAGCACAAUCCCUGGUGGGACCAGCACAGCCACCAGCACUGAGUCCACCAUAAACCCCAGCGGGGCCAGCACGGCCACCAGCUCUGGAUCCAGCACAAUCCCUGGUGGGACCAGCAUAGCCAUCAGCACUGAGUCCACCAUAAACCCCAGUGGGGCCAGCACGGCCACCAGCUCUGGGUCCAGCACAGUCCCUGGUGGGACCAGCAUAGCCACCAGCACUGAGUCUACCAUAAACCCCAGUGGGGCCAGCACGGCCACCAGCUCUGGGUCCAGCACAGUCCCUGGUGGGACCAGCAUAGCCACCAGCACUGAGUCCAUUACAAACCCCAGUGGGGCCAGCACAGCCACCAGCACUGAGUCCACCAUAAACCCCAGUGGGGCCAGCAUGGCCAUGAGCUCUGUGUCCAGCAUGAUCCCUGGUGGGACCAGCACGGCCACCAGCACUGAGUCCACCAUAAACCCCAGUGGGGCCAGCACGGCCACCAGCUCUGGGUCCAGCAUGAUCCCUGGUGGGACCAGCACGGCCACCAGCACUGAGUCCACCAUAAACCCCAGUGGGGCCAGCACGGCCACCAGCUCUGGGUCCAGCAUGAUCCCGAGUGGGGCCAGCACGGCCACCAGCUCUCUGUCCAGCACAAUCCCUAAUGGGACCAGCAUAGCCGCUAGCACUGAGCCCACCACAAACCCCAGUGGGGCCAGUGCAGCCACCAGCUCUGGAUCCAGCACGACUCCUAAUGGGACCAGCACAGCCGCCAGCACUGAGUCUACUAAAAACCCCAGUGGGGCCAGCACGGCCACCAGUUCUGGGUCUAGCACAAUCCCUGGUGGGACCAGCACAGCCGCCAGCACUGAGUCCACUACAAACCCCAGUGGGGCCAGCGCAGCCACCAGCUCUGGGUCCAGCAUGAUCCCGAGUGGGGCCAGCACAGCUGUCAGCAGUGAAUCUGCUACAAACCUCAGUGGGGCCAGUGCAGUCACCAGCUCUGGGUCCCCUGCAAACCCCGGAGGCUCUGGCACACCUGUUUUGACUGCAAAGCCCACAACUCCCAAUAAAAUGAACACAAGUGCUGCUACUCCAGGGAGUGGGGGGAAGCCUAGUAGGUCGCUGAAGCCAUGGGAAAUCUUCCUCAUCACCCUGGUCUCUGUUGCGGCGGUUGCAGGGCUCUCUGCUGGGCUCUUCUUCUGCGUGAGAAACACCCUGUCCCUGAGAAACAUCAUGGAUACAGGUGUCUACCGCCCCCACGGCCCCAACCCUGGUCUUGGCCCAGGCCCUGGAGGGAAUCCUGGGGGCCCCCACAGGCCUAGGUGGAGCCCUAGCUCAUUCUGGAGGAGACCAGUGUCCUCAGUAGCCAUGGAGAUGAGAGGGCCAUAUGGUGGGCCCUGAGCGUCCCAGAGCUGGGGUGCCCCAUCCUUCAGGGAGGAAGCAGGCCCAGGACCCCAGAGCCCUGAGUUUCCUUUUAUUCAUCCCAGGAGACCUUUUCCAGCCUUGUUGGGUUCCUGAAAACCCUGGGGAAGGCAUUCCUCCUCCCUCUUGCCUUUACCAGACACAGGAAAGAGGACAAUAUAAUGGUCAUUUAGCAAAGAAAUAAAUACCUCCAACAUAUCCGACGGAACUGUGUGUGCACAUGGGGGACGUCUGGAGCUCCGAGGUGAAUUUCCCAGCUGGAGGACAGACCUCCCUGCUGGAGUCCACUUGGCAUUAUGAAUUUGCAGAGUAAAAUCCAGAGACCUCAUUCAUA